AUGGCGCUCCUCUCCAAAGCCCUCAACGCAAUCGGUCUACUCCUCCUCGCGCACGCCGUCUACUCCGCCCACGAACACUCCGCGCUCCACGCCGGCGCGCCCUCCACCUCCCAGGCUCCCUCAACAACAGCAGCACUACCCCUAGACAUCACGCUCGAGACGCUCACCUCCGUCUUCCUCGUCUGCGCGGGCCUCGUGCUGGGCAGCCCGGCGCUGAGGCCCAUACAGUGGAGCGAGUGGGCCGGUGAGGUGGAGCAGGAGGAGGGGAGGCAGAGACAGGGGAGGGGAAAGGCGGGCAUGAAGGAGGGUGAGGGCGUGGGGAAUCCGUUUAGGAUGCUGGAGGAGCGGCCGGGAUUUGUGGAUGUCAGGGCUAAGAGGAAGGAGUUUGCGGAUUGGGUCAGGGAAGGCGGGUCGAGAUAG